CAUGGGUCUUGUCACAUGAUUUAAUAUUGUUCAAAAUGGCGAAUUCAGCAAAAGAGAAAUUUGACGCUGCUGUAAAAGUUAUCCACAGUUUGCCCAAGGAUGGUCCUUUCCAGCCAUCAUAUGAUAUGAUGUUGAACUUUUAUAGCUACUUCAAACAAGCAACAGAGGGUAAAUGCUCGAGACCGAAACCAUGGGCAUGGGACGUGGUAAACAAAAAGAAGUGGGAUGCUUGGACAAGACUGGAAGACAUGCCCAGAGAAGAGGCAAUGGUGAAGUAUGUGGAGGAACUGAAGAAGACAAUCAAACAUUUCACUGAGAAGGGUUUGGCAAUGAAAGAGCAGGGGGACCCUAGGAUAGUAGAAGCCAUGCCCCAGAACGAGGAGGUACGGGACUUUAUGGAGAAGCUGGGCAGUUUUUAUGAGAUUGUCGACGAAGAAUCGCCGAUCCCCAAACCACCAACAGAAAGUCACCAACCACCACGACCACAAGAAAACAACAUUCCAUCAGACAAUGAGACAACAGAAGGUAAAACUCCACUAGAAAUAUUUGAUCAUUCUCAAGUGGUAGAAAAUGUUCUGAAGAAAAGUGAGGAAAUCAACAACAUAUUGGACCAAUCAGAAAAGGUGUUACAAAAUGGUAUAGAUGGAGAUAAAGAAGAUGAAAAUGAUGAUUCUACAGACACCAUCCAACAGCUAGCUGUAGUCAACGCAAAGGUACAAAUGAAAGAAAAAGAUGUAAUCACCAUGAAUGGGGACCAUGUACAUGUGGCUGAAUGGAGGCCCACAGAAGAGGCUCGUCCACAGGGUGAGAAUGGAUCUACCGCCUCAGGGGAGCAGACUAACAGAGUCGGACAUCCAUCACUGGCCAGGGAACACCGGACAAACAGGAACAGACGCCUGAUGUCUGGUGAUCACCUGACUAGUGAGACGGACAGCGAGGAGGAAUUCUGUGAUACAUCAGACCAACCCUCACAGGAUGAAACAGAUGCUAUGGGUGUCCAUCCAACAAUGGUCAACUCCACGCCCAUAAAGUCAGGAAUCAGUCUCGGUAAUCAUAUGCCAUUUGGAUCACUAGUGCACACCUAUUCCUCACUCCCCUUCACUCCCUCCAAAGGUAAUCUCUUGGAUGUUGCUAAUGGCAACAAAGGUAUGACUGACAGUCUUGUGGUCAAUGCUCCAGGACAGGACACGCUGGACCUUUUUAAUGGUAAAGAUGAGGAUCAAUCUAUUGACAGGCGGGACAUCAACUUUAAUUCCUCCAACUUAGAAGGAGGGUAUGAUAAAGAUGUCCGUGCUUUAGGAGGAGGGGACAUGUCUCCUCCAGGAGGUUACUCUCAAGGUCAAGGUCGACCAAAUAUUCCUCAAAAUGUGGGCGGACGGCAGAUGGGCACCAGACAGAAUCAACAGGGCAUUUUUUCAGGAUCUCAGGGUUACUAUGGUACAGGUGGUGGAGGAGGGGGGAGGGAUAAUGAGGAAUUGCCAGUGGGGGCUUCAUCUGGAAGCAUUGAAACACAAAUGGCAUUAGCUCUGGUUCGUUUACAGCAAGACAUGAAUAAUGUGGUGGAGAGAGUGAACAACCUAGAGAAAGCUCAGAGAGAACAGGGAAGAAACGAAGAUCAGAAAAAAGAAAAAGGGAUAUUCCAUUGGUGGUCGUUUGAUUUUAACCGAAGAUCUCUAUUUGCCAUCUUAGUCUGGCCUCUCAUAGUUCACUGGAUACUGCUUAAGUUGUUCCACAGGAGGUUAGUCCAAGAUCGAAGUUUCAGUGAAGGGGCUUUGGAGUCUGACAGUUUGAAAGUUUACAUGAUAUUUUAAAUAAUGAAAACUGCCAUAUUUGAGACAGUGCCAUGAUUAAGGCAGAUAUAUGAAGCUUAUAUAGUAAAGGGGAUGAAAGGGGAAGCUUUCUGAUAGGGGCAAAAAUCUAAGAUUAUUUGUUAGAAAGUGUAAUUCUAAGAGAUGACGGAGACAAAUUGCGAAUAGGACUCCUCUUCUGAUUGAUUGGUACUUAGAAAGGAAAAUAGUUGCCUGUAGAAAAUGGAAGAAGGAAUUUAACUUAAAAUGCAGUGUUUGGAAAGUGGAAAUACAUUUUUCAAUAGUUUUUUCCCUUUAAUUAAUGCAACAGAGGUAGGAUGCAUCAAAGAGGGAGGGAUUCAUUUUUUAAUAAAUGUUGAGUUAUUUAUAGUCGGUGGAUUAAUAAAUGUUAUGGGUAGAAUGUAAGAGUUUAAUAGGCCAAAAACAUUAAUCAGAUAGUUUCUCAGGCACUGCCGCUUCCAUUGAUAAGGUACAACUUGGAUUUCUUCUCUUGUUUUUUUGUUGUUGUUGUUUUUGCAAUUUAUGUUAAAGAAAUAAUUAUUAUGCUGUAGAUUUUUAUGUAAAACUUUCAGAAGGUUUCGAUAAAAUUGUUAUUCUUAUUAAAUAAUUAUUGAAUGCAUAUUUACAUGUAUUUAUGUGCAAGUUUUUUAAGAAUAAUAGUACAUUGUAUACACUUAAUAGAAGUAAUGUGAGGCUAUUUUUUUUCAUAAAAAUAAAAAAAAUUCCAUUGUUGUUUUAAUAUUCUAAAUUAACAUACAUGAGAGAGAAAAAAUAUGUAAAUUAUUCUACAAUCACCAUGAAAAAGAAAGAUAACUUGUGCCGCAGCCAAGUUACAAAAAAAAAAAAAAAAAAAAAGAAAAAAAAAUUACCAGCCUGCCUGAUCAAAAUUUGAAAUUUUUGGCCUGAGAAACUGUUUAUUAAUAUUUAUUUUUGACCUAAUAGAUGUUUUUAUAGAUUACGUUUUUGCUCAGCUCUGUGAUGUCCUCUUCAUGAUUAAUUAAUUUC